AUGUUCUCCACGAGCACUCAGAAAAACGAAUGGACGUUCACUGAAGAGCAGAUUGCCGAAAAACGUCAACAGGUCAAUUCUAUUUAUCGAGAGAAGUAUAGAGAAUAUGUGCAUGCAGAAGAAGAAGCACUCUUUCUUUCUCCAGAUGAAGAGCUUCUAUUGGUGCACUUCAUUGAGAAAGCUGCCGUAAAGUUCAGUGAAACGUUUGAACCUCCUAUGUGGCCAACCGUUCGAUGGACCGCCUACACAUAUUUCAAGCGAUUAUUCCUCGGAUGGUCAGUAAUGGACUACAGUCCGAAGAUAGUAAUGAUGGCAUGUUUCUAUCUUGCCAUGAAAAUUGACGAGUUCUACGUUUCCGUGGAUGAGUUUGUCUACAACUUAAGUAUGGGUACUGCUGAGCAGAAUACUGCUCGGAUUUUGGGUUUAGAACCUGAAGUCAUUAGAGCUUUAAAUUAUCAAUUGACGGUUCAUUGUCCAUUCCGCCCUUUCGAGGGACAUCUCUUAGAAAUGAAAACUAGAAUGCUUCUUUUGAAUUUCGAUUUGGAAAUGCUACGUCGUCCAGCUGAAAAAUUCUUUGAGAUGUGUCUUCUUUGUGAUGUGAUGCUCAUGUAUUCUCCUUCUCAAAUUGCUAUGGCCGCUAUAAAAUAUGGGCUCGGAUGGUUAGGUUGGUGUUUAAGAUUUUUUUCUCAAAGGCAGGACAAUAAAUCAGCGGAUGUAUUAAGAGAUUUUGCGAUGAAGAUUAUAGCGGGAGAGGACACAGUGAGACAUGAUCAAUUUGAAAUUGUAGAAGCUGCUGAUAAGCUUAUGCUCAGACUCGAUGAAAUAAUCCAAUGCGUUCUUUCGAACAAACCUGAGAUCUCGUCAGAACAACAAACUAAUCUACAGAAAAGAUCCGAAGCAUGUGCUGGUCUGCAUUCGACUCUAGAGAAACGUAGACAGAUGAGAACAGGAGAGAAGAAGAAAGAAGAUCCUGUGGAUUCGGACGAUGAAUAG